AAUUUCCCAACCGAGAACCACCCUUUUUAGCCGGCCUUGAGAGUUGAGACUAUUUACAAGGCUAUGACUCUAUGAGCCCAUUUUGAAGCCCCCAACUUCCAUAGUUGAAGUUGAUGCAUCAAAUCCUGUCACUAAGAAAAUAAAUAAGAGUACGGAGUACUAAUUAUAGCAAUACAGGCAUAGCAACCCUUCUCCACAUCCCCAAUAGCAACAACUAACGCCUACCACAACGCCCACUGCUCAUCGGAGCAACCAAGGGUGGCUGGAGUUUGAUGGCGUCUUCUCACCCACUGCUCUUCCUCCGUGUACGGCGACGGUAGUCGGAGCUAAGCGCACUCUCUCUCUCUCUCUCAUCUUUACUCAUCCUUGUUUAAUUAUAUUCUAAUUUAUCAAAUUUUAUUAUAGCUGCUCAGAUCUAAUUUUUAAAUUAAGAGUUUUUACUCUUCCAAAAAAUUGAAUUCAAAAACAAAACCGUGUUUUCACAUUGUUUUUUUUAAGGAAACUUAGGUCCCAAUUAUUUCCUUUUAUAAUUUGUUUCCUAUUUCCUGUUCAUGUGACAGGAAUUUGUUUCCUAAUCAAAUUCAUAUUCCUGUAUUAUUAUUAUUAUUAUUUUGUAUAAUUAUCAAUUAUAAAUAUUAAUCUCGAUCAGAGCUGCCUUGAUUUUCAUAGUGUUCAUCAAAUAUGGACUUAUUUGAUAAAUUGUCAGAUGAUUUGAUUAUUCACAUAUUAUCGCUUCUUCCUACUAAAUAUGCUGUGUUAACCAGUAUUUUGUCCAGAAGAUGGAAAUUUUUAUGGUGUUUUGCUACCAACUCUUUAGUGUUUGAUGAUCGCCAUUCAUUCCGUGAUUAUUAUCACGAUCCUGAAAAGUUUUCGCGUUAUGACCCUGAUCAUCAUCGUGUUUUGUAUUUUCAUGACUUCAUUGGCAAAGUUGUCAAACUUAGCAAGGUGUCCCCAGUUGAAUCUUUUUUGCUUAUGUUUUAUAUGUCCAGAGAAGUCGAAUUCGGUUUCAUCAUGGAUACAUGAGAUUGUCAACAAACACAAACCUAAAAAGAUUGAAAUCUACUUUGGUUUUGAUCUUUGUAUGUGGAAAAAAGAGGUUAGGUUGCCUCUUGAGACUUUCAACAGUAAAACAUUGCAAGUUCUUAAAUUACAUUUUUUUUGUUCCAAACCAUUGGCUGACUCCAAGUUUAAUAACGCGAAUAGCAUGUAUCUACCCAACCUCAAAAUCUUGCAUUUCUGGAUGGAGGUUUUGAAAAAUGAAUGGUGGUUCUUUAUCUACCUUUUCCGAGCAUCUCCAAAGCUUGAAGUAGCAUGUUUUGGAGGUAACUUAGAAAAUAGUAAGGUUUUGUAUAACAUGUAUGGGCCUUGUUUGAAAAGACUGCGAAUGAAAUUUAGAUCCAUAGAUUCGUCAAACAAAUUCUUCAUCAAUGCACCAAUGUUGGAGGAGCUCGAGAUUGUGGAUGAAUCGUUCCAGAAAUAUGUCGUUAAAAGUAAAUGCAUUGUCAAUGCAAAACUUGACAUUGGACUUCCCUUCCUCAGAAAACUGCAGCGACUACAUGUUUAUAUUAGCCGGUUAUGCAAGCUUUUGUGUAGAAUCUCAAAUGUUAAGUUCCUUAAUUUGAAGGCUCAUACCAUGGAUGCUCUUAGCAUUAGUUGUGAUCACAAGGAUACCUUCACCCUGCCUCAAUUUCUUUCUUUACGUCGUUUCCAAUUAUGCUUUCUCAACUACUCUUCAUGGGAUGUUCUCCCAAAACUGUUAGAAUGUUCACCAAAUCUUGAAGUUCUAGUAUUAAGCAAGGACUUCAAAGGUAAGGAUUCUGAAUUCAGGAGUGAUUUAACCUGGAUUCAGCCAACCAAUGUGCCUGCCUGUUUGCUAUCAUGCCUUCAUCUAAUUGAAGUGCGGGAUUGUGAGUCUCAUCAAGUUGAAUUCGAUCUCAUUAGCUAUUUGCUUAAGCAUGGCGAGGUUCUGAGUACUUUCCUAGUUGAGCUCCUCCCAACUAAUUCAAGGGAGGACCUAAGGUUCAGAGAAAAACUGAUGGCGAUUCCAAGGAUUUCAACCACUUGCAAAUUAAAAAUCUCCUCAUACCCUCAUUUUUCUCCACAUAAUGGCUUUUCCCCAGAUUUUGGAGAAUAUAAAUAUCAAGAGCUGCAGCAAAGGAUGAACCCUCAAAAGUUAAGCUUUGAAGAUUUAAGACUUUGCACAAAUUACUUCAGUGAUGAAAAUUUAAUAGCAAGAACCAAGAAAUUCAAAAUCUACCAUGGAAAAAUUUAUCAAUCUGGUGCAUAUGAUUCACCAGUUAAGGACGUUGUUGUGAAAAAAUGGGUAAUACCAGCAAAGAGUCCUUACAAAAAAUACAAGGAGGAGACUCUUCGUAGUUUUAAUGAAGAACUAAAGUUACUACAGCAUCCAAACUUCUAUUGUCAUCCUUACUUUAUGAACAUACUUGGUUAUUGCGCAGAAGAUAACAAUGAAAGACUUGGUGUUGUGUAUGAUUGCAAAGCCCUUGAUUACUUAGAGAACCUCAUACCUAAAGAUAGCUUCAAGUGGUUGCAAAGAAUGAAGGUGGCGCUGGUUCUGGCAUGCAUUUUGGAACAUAUGCAUAAGAAGCAUGUAGAUCUCCCUUCUGUUACUCCUAGAUUUAGUCCUGCUUAUGUUAUUCUGGAUCAGGAUUAUAUGCCAGUAUUGUACAACUUUAAUCGAAGAGGAUAUGAAUUUAGAGAAGAGGACAAUUAUGACUAUCGUAUUGGAAAAGAAUACCUAGAUUCAAGGAAUGACUAUGACAUUAAAAAAUAUGGACAAACUCUUUUGGGGCUAAUAUCGAAAAGAGCUCACCGAUGCCCUAUAGGUAAACACCACACAUCUGAAUGUGUUACGAUAGACCGAUGGAUAGCAGCGCAGAAAGAUGAUAUAGAUAUUACUUCCUCCUUGUGUAAAUCGGAGGUAUCAUUAGUGCAUAAAGAUUUGAUCGAUGAUCCAACCUAUGAUGUUGCUGAUGGUUUGAAAUAGACACGCCUUGCAAUGCGCUGUCUUGGUUUUCCUCAACACCGGCCAAGCAUGCAUGCAAUCGCAAGUUACAGUUUUUUAAAAAUAAUUGGGAUGUAAUAGACCAUAACAAAGUUAUAAGUUCUUACUUUUGAUUUGAGUGUGUUAUCUCAAGAAAUUGAGCAAAAAUUGCUUUUUUAGUGCAAAUGAGUAGAGAAGAUAGUUCAUUUUGUGUAAAAGAGUAAAUAGUUAUAUGAUAACCAGUUGUACAACACAAUUAUACUACUGAUCUUAUGACAAAA